AUGUUCAUGCAUUUGGAGGUUUUCUAUUACAUUUUCAUCCUCCUGGCUCACAUGAGGUCAUACUGCUGCUGGUCAGUGAAUAAUUUCUUGAUGACUGGACCCAAGGCAUACCUGAUUUACUCCAGCAGUGUGGCAGCAGGAGCUCAGAGUGGCAUAGAGGAGUGCAAAUACCAGUUUGCAUGGGACCGCUGGAACUGCCCUGAGAGAGCUCUGCAACUGUCCACGCACAGCAGCCUGCGCAGUGCAAAUCGGGAGACAGCAUUCGUCCAUGCCAUCAGCUCCGCUGGCGUCAUGUAUACUCUAACCAGGAACUGCAGUCUUGGGGACUUUGACAAUUGUGGCUGUGAUGACAGCAGAAACGGACAACGAGGUGGCCAUGGAUGGCUCUGGGGUGGCUGCAGUGAUAAUGUUGGCUUUGGUGAGGCCAUCUCCAAACAGUUUGUUGAUGCUUUGGAGACUGGGCAGGAUGCACGGGCAGCCAUGAAUCUCCAUAAUAACGAGGCUGGGCGCAAGGCUGUGAAGGGAACCAUGCAGAGGACAUGCAAAUGCCACGGGGUGUCGGGGAGCUGCACCACACAGACCUGCUGGCUGCAGCUGCCAGAGUUCAGGGAAGUGGGGAACUACUUGAAGGAGAAGUACCACAGGGCUCUGAAGGUGGAUCUCCUCCGUGGAGCAGGGAAUAGUGCAGCCAGCCGAGGGGCCAUCGCUGAGACCUUUAACUCCAUCUCACGCAAGGAGCUGGUCCACCUUGAAGACUCCCCUGAUUACUGCUUAGAGAACCGCACUCUGGGCUUGCCAGGCACAGAGGGCCGUGAGUGCCUCAAGAAGGGCAAGAACUUAAGCAAAUGGGAGAAACGGAGCUGCAAAAGGCUAUGUGGAGAGUGCGGGCUGGCCGUGGAGGAGCGCAAAGCUGAGAUGGUGUCGAGCUGUAAUUGUAAAUUCCACUGGUGCUGUGCGGUGAAGUGUGAGCAGUGCAGAAAGACAGUGACCAAGUACUUCUGUGUGAAGAAAGGAGGUCAGAGGGGAAGGAACGAAAGUGCUGGCAGCCGCCGGAAGAACCUCAGACUGAGGAAGAAGCACUGA